UAUAAAAUCUGGAGAGAGAGAGAGAGAGAAGUGGAGGUAAACGUGAAGCAUAACCAGAAUCAAGAACCUCCGAACGGUGUAUUACCCAAUCCAAAUCCGAGAAAGGUCGGAUCUUGCGGAUCCAUUUCCCUUCUUCUUCAUCUCUCUGCUUCUGGGUCGCUUUCUUCAGGGAGAGAUAUCGAGAAGCGAGGGAGAGGGAGAUGUGGGAGUCGAUUUGCCUGACGUUGGUGGCCACCGCGGGCAACAACAUCGGGAAGGUCCUUCAGAAGAAGGGCACCGUCAUCUUGCCCCCGCUCUCUUUCAAGCUCAAGGUUAUCAGGGCAUAUGCUCUCAACAGAGAUUGGGCUGUUGGGUUUCUGAUGGACAUACUUGGAGCGUUGCUGAUGUUGAUAGCUUUAUCUCAGGCUCCAGUGUCUGUUAUUCAGCCGGUUUCGGGUUGUGGACUAGCUAUUCUUUCAGUGUUCUCUCAUUUUUAUUUGAAGGAAGUUAUGAAUGUGGUUGACUGGUUGGGGAUCACAUUGGCGGGAAUUGGUACCAUAGGAGUUGGGGCCGGAGGUGAGGAGCAAGUGGCUUCUGCAAUAUCAAUUUUCCAUUUGCCAUGGCUAGCAUUCAUAGUUGCAGUCUUGUUUGUACUGCUCAAUGCGUGGCUUCGCAUUUUUAGACGACAUCGCAGGCAGCAGGAGAUGAUGGAAUAUGAAGUUGUUGAAGAAAUUAUAUAUGGCUUGGAAUCUGGCAUUCUGUUUGGGAUGGCUUCUGUUGUAUCGAAGAUGGGGUUUCUUUUCAUGGAGCAAGGUUUCUCUAGGAUGCUGGUUCCUGUGUGCAUUGGAAUCAGCAUAUCUUGCAGCGGUACAGGGUUUUUCUACCAGACUCGUGGUUUAAAGCAUGGGAGGGCAAUCGUUGUAUCUACAUGUGCUGCAGUGGCAUCAAUCGUGAGUGGUGUGCUAGCCGGCAUGUUGGCACUGGGUGAGAAGUUGCCUUCAGCACCAGCGGCGCGACUUUUACUUUUGCUUGGAUGGCUGCUCAUCAUUGUAGGUGUAAUUUUGCUCGUGAGCUCAGCACGGCUGGUUCGACUCCUCCCGCGGAGAUUUCGACAACUCGUCCCAAGUGGAGUUGGUCGAAAUUCUGGCCUGAGACGCUCAGGAUCUGUCCAUGCCAAAGAUACCAGUCCAAGUGCUGUCAUCCAUGCAGCCACAUUGCACCAUCUGAUAGCUUCACCUUCUAAAGAGAAGGCUUGAAGCUAAUACGGAGUUAGCACAGUUCAACUUUAUACGCUAAAAGUCUCGCUCACAUUCUUGUGCAUGAUCUGUUUUGCACUUAUUCUUUUGAAGGGUAGGGUGUACAGUUAUAGUCCAUUGCCUUAUCCAUUUUCUGGAGGGCAUUAAAUAUUAGAGUUCAUUCUUUCUUUGAGAGAACUCACCUCAUCUUUUCCAAAGUACCACACUUUUCUGUUCCGAAUACAUUUGUCAGAUAUUAUUGGCUCUAGAGAUUUCUUUCGGUGAA